GGCUGAGCGCUUUCCGCCAUCCCCCUCAGCGCCGUGCGAUCGUUCGCGGCUGUUCUGUUCCCUUAACUGCGGUCCCACCCCGCUCCCUCCGCGGGCCUCAGGCCGGGCCGCAGGCCGGGGGCGGUGCGCGCUCCGCGGCAUGGCGGGCUCUUCGGCCCGGGGCCCUCUGCCCUGCCUGCUGCUCCGGCUGCUGCCGCUCCUGCUGCUGCCUGCCGCCAGCGCCGAGCCCGAGCUGCGCUUCAAGCCGCCUGCCGAGGCCCCCGUUCGGCUCUUCACCGAGCCCGAGCUGGCCAGAUACGACGGGCACCAGGAAGGACAGCCCAUCUACCUGGCAGUGAAGGGAGUAGUAUUUGAUGUCACCUCUGGAAAAGAAUUUUAUGGAAAAGGAGCCCCAUACAAUGCUUUGGUUGGAAAAGACUCAACAAGAGGAGUUGCAAAGAUGUCUCUGGAUCCAGCAGAUCUUACACAUGACACAACAGGACUCACAGAGGAGGAACUGAAGUCCCUGGAUGACAUCUUCAAUAAUGUUUACAAAGCCAAAUAUCCAAUUGUUGGCUAUACUUCUCGGCGAAUUCUGAAUGAGGAUGGCAGCCCCAAUCUGGACUUUAAGCCUGAAGAUCAGCCACAUUUCAGCAUUAAAGAUGAGUUUUGAGGAACAUUUUCUAUUUAGAGAAUGCUUGGGGAGAGGCACAAUAGAAUAUUAAAUUAAUUCCCUGUGUUGUGGAGUUCAUUACUACAGUUAGUUGUCACGAGUCAGUUCUCUGCUCAGAAAAUGUGUGUGUGUAUAUACAUAGCAUAGAGGAAACAAACAGAUCUGUAGUAGUGUCAUACACCUGGGCUGAUUACUGGGAAUUAUUUAACCUGCAAGUUCUUUCUGCCAGGGUUUCUCUGUUAAGAAGUGUAUAAUGUAAAAUUACAUUCCUUAGAAGAGAGAAGAAAGCUUUUAAUAGUUGAAACAUGACUGGUAGUUUUGUAAAUCCCAGGUUGUUUCCGACUCCUUGGAAAAGUGUAAAUGAAUUAUUUGGACAAGCUAACAUCAAUUCUCUGUGCUUCAUGUGAAUGUAGGUAUCACGAGUACAGACAGGUGCAAUAGAAGCUUACAUUUGAAAAAGCAUUCUGGGGUUUAAUAUUUGAUGGGUUUUGAGAAUACUGGAUAUAAAAGCUCUCAGUCUCUUCAAAUGCAGUUACUGUGAAGUAUUUCUGCAAAGCCUAGAGCUGUAAACUGAGAAAAAUAAAUAUUUUUCCCCUAUGAGGACUACUGUGACAUUUUAAAUAAGACUAUUAUGUUAGGUUUGGAUAAAGGACACUUUACUUUUUAAAAAUAAUUACCAAAGAUGUCAUCUAUAUUAGAUUAUGGUGAUUUCCUUCUACCUUCCUCCAAUCUUUCUCUGACAAAAAGAGGAAAUUGUAGCCCACAGUUUGAGACAUACUCUUACAGCAUGAGUUUAUUAUGGCUGUUUAGUGUCCUGUAGAUGUUGUUAGCAUUUUUAUAUUAACAUUUUCAGCUCUCUUUUUUUUGUCUCUUAGUUUUUCUUUGUUCUUACCCUGGCUUCUUCACUGCUGUUUUAAUGAAGUGUGCAAUGCCAUGUUCCUCUUCCUCUUAACGUGAUGCAGAACUGCAGGUCCUGCAGGGUGAAAGCAGACCUCUUUAUGGCAUUUUCCUGGCAGUCUUUCAGCAACAAGAGGACUGUAAAAGCCGGAGCUGUAUAAGUUGCUGCUAAUCCCAGACUUUCACUAACUUAAGUAGAAUGUGAAUUGUCCCAUAUGUGGAUUUAUCUGUCACCAUUUUGAUUGCUAUGGGAAAAACAAAGCAGCUGCUUCUAAUUCUGUAUUAAUAAUACAGAUAUAAUAAAAAUAUGAUUGUGUAUUAUUGUUCAAUUUCUUAAGCAUUUUGGUAACUUUCUAUGAAGGGAAGAUUUUAUGAGUUGAUUCUCCACCUCCUAGUUUGCAGGGGACAGCUGCCUGUCAGUUGAAUAACUAGAAAAGCUGUUUCUAAAAGCUGCAAAUUGUAUUUGCCCAUUCUUUCACAAUGUUACAUCUAGAAAUAGAUGUUAUUCUAGAUUUGUUUUGUGUCUCACUAUUAGACCACUUUGUUUGCAGGAGGGACUCCAUGGGCCCUUCCACUGUUGGAUGGUGCAUUGAGUAGAAAAAAUAAAUCAGCAUCUAAGAAAUUACUAUUGCUUCAGAUAAUUAUUUUUGUAUUAGUGCUUAUUAUUAUUACUGCUCACCUUCUGAUUAGAGACCAGCAGUUGGGAGUUAGCUCCUUGAUGAUACCUGUUGUCUUUGUGGGAAUGCAUGUGGGUUUGGGGGUUGGUUGGUUGCCAACAUUUCACAAAUAAUACUUCAUUGCCUACUUUUUUUUUUUUCUCUUCUCCUUUCCUUGCAUACUUCCUGAUGGGGCAGCUUCAGUAGUUGUUCUGCUGUGAUUACUGCAGAAGUCUUUGCUUCAUCUAGGAUCAUGAUAUCCAACUGCAUUUCAAAAAAAACCCCUUCUAGCUCAGUUGCAGCUCAUCACUGCUGAGAGGCUCAGUGUUCCUGUUCUUUCCCUGCUUUCCCUGUUCUCCCUAUGAAAUCACCUUUGCUGAUGUCCAAGCAG